GGAGUGGGCCGGGCAGGACCUGCGACGCCAUUUCCGGGGCGGGGACGUCGGACAGAGGCCGCAUCCGGGAGUCACCGCGGCAGCCAUGGCGAUUUUUAGCGUGUAUGUGGUGAACAAAGCUGGCGGCCUGAUUUACCAGUUGGACAGCUACGCGCCACGGGCGGAAGCUGAGAAAACUUUCAGUUACCCGCUGGACCUGCUGCUCAAGCUACACGACGAGCGGGUGCUAGUCGCCUUCGGCCAGCGCGACGGCAUCCGGGUGGGCCACGCGGUGCUGGCCAUCAAUGGCAUGGACGUGAAUGGCAAGCACACGGCCGAUGGGAAAGAGGUGCUGGAGUAUCUGGGUAACCCUGCUAACUACCCGGUGUCCAUUCGUUUCGGCCGGCCCCGCCUCACCUCGAAUGAGAAGCUCAUGUUGGCCUCCAUGUUCCACUCGCUCUUUGCCAUUGGUUCGCAGCUGUCUCCUGAACAGGGAAGCUCAGGCAUUGAGAUGCUGGAAACAGACACAUUCAAACUGCACUGCUUCCAGACACUGACAGGGAUCAAAUUUGUGGUGUUGGCAGAUCCCAGGCAAGCUGGAAUAGAUUCUCUUCUCCGAAAAAUUUAUGAGAUUUACUCAGACUUUGCCCUCAAGAAUCCAUUCUACUCACUGGAAAUGCCCAUCAGGUGCGAGCUGUUUGAUCAGAACCUGAAGCUAGCCCUGGAGGUGGCAGAGAAGGCUGGAACCUUUGGACCUGGGUCAUAAGCUAAACUGGCAAUGGGCUUUCAAAUUCUGAAAUCCUCGGCAGGGGUUCUUCUGCUUCCACUCUAGUGGGGAUCCUAUUGCAGCAGCCUUGGAGUGUACUUGAAAAUGGGGCAGUCCUGAGCUGAAGUGUUUGCUCUCUUCCCUUCUGUAUAUACCAAGGUCCUGCUUCCUGACUGUACAGAUUUAUUUAUGGAGGAGGUAGGACCAUAAGUGCUCUAAUAAACUUCCUUAGUUCCA